AUGUCUCAACCAGCUGCCAAUAGCUCUUCAGCUGCCCAGCCGGUAGACCGGAUCUUACCAGACAUUCACUUACUAUGCAUGGACUCCAAGUUCUCCGACGCCUUCGAGGACGCAGCAGCCAAGCACUUUCCCGAGAUCCACAGCCACAGCAAGAUCACCGUCUUCAACUGCAGCCUUAAAUACCUUCCCGAGAAUGUGCGGGUCGACGGAGUGGUUUCGCCGGCGAACUCAUAUGCACGCCUGGAUGGUGCCUUUGAUGACGCUCUUGCCCGAGCAUAUGGCCCGCGGGACGACUAUGGAUGGAUCACGCGCAAAGCCCAGAAAGUCGUGUACGAGAAAUGGAGAGGCUUUGCUCCGCCGGGGACAUGUACCGUGGUGAGGUUGGACCACGAUGGAAAGACCGCCAGCAAAGACAGCAAUGGGCAUGUUCAUCACUUGAACCCCUGGGCCACAGAGUAUCUCCUCCUCUGUCCGACAAUGAGAGUACCGGACGACGUACGCUGGGAUCGAGAGGUGGUGUACGAAUGUGUCUGGAGUCUGCUGUGUGCGAUUGACGAGCACAAUCGUGCCGUGCGAAAUACCAGCUCCAGUGGUGACGAGAGAGAAAUCAAGAUAAUCCUGAUGACGCCCUUCGCCACUGGUAUUGGGCGUGUCAGUCCGAAGAAAUGGGCCGAGCAAUGUGUACUUGCUAUGAAGCAGUACGUGGAGGCCGUUCGUAACCCCCAGAUCUGGAGCAGCCUGGAAUGGAGCAAGAUCGUCGAAGACCACGAGGAGGUGCAGGCUACGUAUGCCAGUCAGGCAUGA